CCCUUCUCUCCCUCUCCCUCUCCCUCCUCCUCCAGGCGAGAUGGGCGACGCAGACAGCCUGGCGUUCGCGGACCUUCAGGAGGGCGACGUGGAGGAGGUCGUGUCCUUCAUGGCGGACCACUUCUACCCGAGAGAACCGCUGAGCACGGGCCUCCACAUGACCUACGAGGACAACAAGGAGUGGAUCCACGAGUCGGUGCGGGACUGGGUGCGGAGCGGAGCGUCGGUGGUGGCGCGCGACCCACACACGGGGAGGGUCGCCGGCACGAUCCUGGCCACCGUGCUCACCAGGGACCAGUCCAACACCUUCGAGGAGGCGCUCAAGAGUCCCAAGACCAAGGUGAGGACACUGCACACUGUCCUAUCCGUCUUGGAAGCUGCUGUCGACUUCUUUUCUCGCUACGAAAAUGUGGACAGGAUCUUGGAGCUGGCCAUGAUCACUGUGUCUGAAGAGUUCAGUGGCCGAGGUGUGGGCAGGAGGCUUGUGCAGGAGAGCGAGACGCGCGGCAAGAAACUCGGAUGCCAGCUGGCCACGGCGCAGGCCACGGCAGUACCUUCACAACGACUACUCUACCGCCUUGGCUACGAAGACCUCUAUACCAUGGAUUACGGCACCUUCGAGAUCGCAGGCGACCGUGUCUUUGACAUGGACCGUAUGCUGGGCACUCCCUCCGCCAAGGUGAUGGCCCGUCUCCUCGAUGAAGAGAACCAAGAGCAGUAGAGUUCCUGCUCCGAUGUCUUCCAUGCCGGGGGAGAGUCGAGUCCCUUCCGGUGUAGGUGUUGCCUCCGGGACAACA